ACAUUUACACCCACCCACAAUUUACUCCAAAACGAAAGUAGAAUGAUAAUCUUCCCAUAAACUUAGUGAAGACUGAAGUAAGUCCCUAUGUUUUGUUCGUAGACGGACCAGGAAUCCUGUAGGCUUAUAGGUGCCAACAGAUCAAAUCAUCCACCUCAAGGAUUACUGUACUCACAGCAAGCAUGGCGGCUCAAUGUUCUGUUGCGUUAGAUAAUCAUCAAGAAAAAGAAAAAGACCGAGAGAUAGAACGGCUCGAGAAUCGUCUGAAGGAAUACGAAAUACCAAAAAAUGUCGCCAUCAUAGGAACACCAGGGAGCGGCAAAUCGUCUUUCAUUAACUCGGUUAUAACGAGUUUUUCCAAAGAUUGCUGGCGAGAAUGGACCAGCGUGGGAAACGCUCAAGGAAAUUUUACACGCCAUCUUGUAAAAAUACCAAAGGAUACGUACCUGGACACGUGUGAGCGAAAAAUUUAUCCUUAUCCGACUCUGAUCGACAUGAUUGGAUUUGAGGAUCAAUCCACAGAUGUUAUCAAAGAAUUGCUCAGAUACGUUUUGUUUGGCUUGGUUCCUCAUGAAGGCAAAUUAAUUAAUGCAAUGAAGACUUUUGAAGUUGAAGGGAUAAAGGGGAUGAGGAAAGAGUAUUUGUCAAACCCGGAAACGAUGAAGGUAGACUGUCUGAUCUUUGUGGCCUCAGCAACCUCAGUCCUCCCACUAAAUCUGAUGGAUGCUGUCAAGCAGGUGGCGCUACAAGAGGAGAGAGUUGUUCCAUUAUUUGGAGUUCUAACACAGAGAGACAAAAUCAUAAAUUUGGAGGAGUACGAGACGAAGAAAAAGGAAUUCUGUUCUAGACUGGGGCUUCCUAACAACCGGUUCCUUUUGUGCACCAAUUACUGUGAUGAUUAUGAUGCGCACACAGGUCUGUCUCGCUUAAACCAAGUGUUCCCGGAGCUCGAUGUGCCAAUCCUCUCCUUUAUGAGACAGGUUUGUGAUGCUUCAAUAAGAGUUCUACAGUGCAAUGCGACUCUUCAAGGAGCUGAUGAUAAUCCCCCUCCUCAACGAGACCCCCCAGCAGCCAAUCCUGUCCCCCCGAGGCCCUCUCCUCCACCCACAGAUGUCUCCGUUAUCAGCGUCCUGGGGUUCGCCAUCAAGGGUUUGAUUAUUGCCGUUCUGCUCUUUUGGAUUCUGACUCCACCAUUAGAUGGACAACAGAUGGUUGAUGCGUGUGCCAAAUUUGAACAUAAAUCCCGAACCCUGAACUUCUCAAUCCCGGGGAUCGAGGUCCUGUGUGGCAGGGUCAGCGACGUGACACAGAGACAAAUGAUCGUCCCUCUGAUAUGCUUUGUGAUUACAAUUGUGGGAAUGGACUUGGUAAUGCCUAAAAUCAUUCAAAUGCUGCAAGGGCAUGGCAUUUGAUAACCGAUCAUAAACUUAAAGUAGGAGGCUUAUCAUGGUAAACUGUACUCUGGAACUUAUACACUGGUUUGGGUUAGAUUAUACUUCAAUAACCUGUGAAGCUCAUAAAUAAUUUGUGAUACAACUGAAAUUAUAUUUGCAUGAUGUUAGAUUUACGUAGGAAUCACAGUAUUAAUUCUAGUGAUCAUUUCCCAUGUGUUAAUGAUAAUGAACAGUCAGCAGAGUUACUGAACUUUUAUAGAAUGUGCAGGGGGAGAAUUUUAAACCCGAGUUACUUAUCUGGUUGCUGUGUUCAUCAUGUGAUAUACGGUUAAACUUUGGUAUCUCAAACAUCAAUAUCUUGAAUACCAUAGAAUCGAUAUGUCAAAGUUGGAUGGAAGUCCCAACAACAUAUUCUUUAUGUAUUUUAACUUCAGGAUUUCAAACCUUCGAAUACGAGUUUCUACUUGGCACCAUCAAGUUUGAGAUAAUGAGGUUUGACUGUAGAUGAACUAUAGCGGGAAAUAUUUAUUUUUAUGAUGAUUGACGAACAUAUUGUUUUCGGUUUAUCUGCAUUACCAAGUUUAAAAUGACUGAACACUUGCACUUAGUCUCUGCGAUUUCUUGAAAUCAAGGUACUAAUAAAAUAAGAUUUUUUAUUAUAUAACAUUAUAUUGCUUGAUGUUUUCUUGUCAUAGAUUUGUUUGAUUGGUCUCUUUAAGACUCGCAUAUUCUUGUUAUUUGUUUGAUUGGUUUCUUUAAGACUCAUAUUUUUGUUAUUUGUUUAAUUAGUCUCUUUAAGACUCGCAUAUUCCUGGUACAUUCCAUCAUUAGUUUAUAUCCAUGUUAGAUCAUUCAAGUUUUGUGAACUUUUCCAGCAUGUGAAUGAAAAGGCUGGGUAUCAUGUCUAUAUGAUUUGGAAAUGUAGAAAAAAAAAAGUUUGCUUUAUUAUUCAUGUUUAAAUAUUUUGUAAAUGUUGUAAUUUGUUUUAAAGGUUGUCAUAUGAAUUCAAAACUAGUUAAGAUUUAUAAACAUCACUUGUCCAAACGAAAUCCUGUGAUAUAAGAUAUUAUUUUAGGAGAAAAAAUAUUUCUGAAUAUUUUGUCAGAAUUUAUAAAACUGCAUUGUGUAACAAUAUCAAGUGAUAUUGCAGAUGUUGAAUACAAUUGUUCAUUUACUUUUAUUUAACUAAUUGAAUAUUAAACAACUUGGCUGAAAGUUUGUAA